GGAGUAUGGUGGCAUGGUAUUUAUCGCAAGUCCUAUCCCAAACCAACAAAGCCGAUCAACUAUUGCAAGUCGCAGCUCUGCCCAGGGAAAGUACGUCACCUGACCUGUGAUUCGAAACACAACAUCGAAGUGGACCCUGAACUAUCACUUGGAGCCGUUCAGAACUGGCUCUGGAAAUCAUUCAGUACGAAUAUCUGGAGAGAGCGGCACAACACAGAGAACGGCAGCAAAUAUCGAAAGCACAGGGAACAUAAAGUGCUGGAAUAAGAUGAAUCCAACUAUUAACAAUCCACGUUCCCCAUUCACCCGCUCGCGGGGUAUUUUCGGAUCCAUGGGAUCCUUCGUUUUUACCGACCAGCAGCAGCAGCAGCAGCCGGGGCUGCAGGUCCCCCCCGAAGGUUCCGCCGACAAGAAUGGACUCAAUGCGAUGCCCUUCCUAGGCCAAAUCCACACCAGUCCUCUGCUGUCCCGCCCAAUGGGUCCAAUAGGUCACGGUCACCCCCCCACCUUCCCUCCGAUGGGGGAUUCAGAUGGAUUCAAUGCUGUGCCACAGAUGGCUUCGAUGGGACCACCGCCCGUGUUGAGCUCCCUCUGGACAGGCGGCGCUUCUCCGGACAGCCGCGGAGAGUACUACGACGACCCCCACGAAGAGUACUCCGACUGCCGCUACGAGGGCGACUACGAGGGCGACUACUCGAUGCCCACCGAGGAGGACCAAGAGGAGGAGUCGUGCUCCUGUCAGAGCCAGACCUGUCAGAGCCAGAGCGAGUUCAGCUUGAUAGAGCGCACCGAGUCGGACCUUCGCCAGUUGCUGUGGCGCAUGGCCAAUGCCCGGGGCGAGGAGGCGCUCGUCUUCUUUGCCGUGCUCAUGACCACGCCCUGGCUGUUCUCCCUCAGCCUCCUGGGAUUCAUCCUGUCCCUGGCGGCGCUCCUGAAGAAGACCUGCGCGCAGCAUGAGCAUGUGCGUCGAAGUUGA